GUCACCUGAUGGCAUCAUUGUCUACACUGCACAGCAUCUUGGUGCUAAAGCAGGAGAUUUCUUCUGUAUCUCCUUGACUGCUGGGUUUGUCCAGUUGAGAUAUAAUCUUGGUGAUGGCAUACACAUUCUCCAGUCAAUGCAGAGAGUGGACCUACAUGGCAGGAUGUGGCAUGUGGUAAAGGCUGGUCGGACUGGUCACCAGGGCUUCCUCAGCCUGGACAGUGAGGAGAUCAGAGAGAACAGGACUAAAGGGAUGACUACACUAGAUGUUGCCACCGACAUCUUUGUUGGAGGCGUGUCCACUUUGAGCUUCGUUUCCCCUGAAGCGACUGAACAGGAACCAAUGAGCUUUACUGGUGGGUUGAGAGAACUUAAAAUCAAUGGCAAAGAACUGGAGCUAACAGAGACAGGAGCCCUUAGUGGGACAAACAUCAGGGACUUGGAUGGGACAGCCUGUGGGUACAAAGUGUGUCAUAAUGGAGGUCAAUGCAGAGCUAUAGGGGCUGACUCAUUCUUAUGUGUGUGUCCAUCAUUAUGGAGUGGAUCCCUGUGUAACCAGUCUGUAAGCUGUAUAAACAACAGCUGCAGACAUGGCUCGAUAUGCGUUCCAUCUACUGCAACCUCCUACAGCUGCAUAUGUCCUUUCGGUUGGGUGGGGAGAUACUGUGACACUAAAAUGUCCACAGACACAUUGAGGUUUGUAGGAAACUCAUACAUUAAACACAUCGAUCAAAGAUUCAACACAAGAAACUUAAAGUACAUACAGCUUUCUUUUACCUUCUAUGCCAGCUCUAGUGAUGGUUUAAUUUUGUGGAUGGGGACGGCCGAGCAGGAAGACGAUGACUACCUUGCAGUUGGGCUGGAGGAAGGCAAUCUAAAGAUUGCAGUUAAUCUUGGAGAAAGACUUGCUCUCCCAAUUACGUUAAAAAAUCUCACUCUCUGCUGCAGGAAAUGGCAUAAUGUGUCUAUAAAUCUCAACCGAACGGUUAUUCAGGUUUUCCUUAACAGGGAGGAAAUCUUGUUUAAAGAUUUGGACCCAUUUGAGCGAUACAUAGCCUUAAACUCUGGGGGCGUGACUUUCUUUGGUGGCUUUGAAUUAAACAGAAAUGUAUCAGUUGUCACCUCCGGGAUAUUUUCAGGGGGCUUUGAAGGAAGUAUCAGAGAUGUGAUUUUGUUUGGAGAUGAGAACCCGAUGGUUUUACUUAAAAACAGUGAAGGUUUCAAUAUUUUUGAAGGCACUGAAUGA